CUUUCUUAAUAAUAGAAAAAUGUCUUUUUUAGGUGGUGCCAAUGCCGAAUGUGGACCUUCCAACCCCAUGACGGGUCUUAUGAAACAGUUUGGUCAAGAUCGUUCUCUACAACAAGAUCGUUUUGGUCCCGAUCAAAGAGGUGAAAGUUCAAAAGCUAGUUUCCGUACUCGACAAAACGGUCCUGUUCCUAUUGACAGACAGAUGACGGAUGAAUUUUUCCGGGAUGAAAUGAACAUGGACCGAUCAGCCCAGCAUGCUUUUGAAUUUAAAGGGUUAAAUAGAGAAUUAGAGCUAAUGCAACAGGCACCUCCUCCUUCUGCCAAUUGGGCUUCAGACUUUAUGCAACACCAACCACCACCUCAACAACAACAGUUUGAUGAGUUUGAAAAGAUUUAUCAACAAACGCAGCAACCCAUCAUUCAUGGAGCCAACUGGAACGAAGAAUUUGCUGCAUUUCAAGCAAGUCAUCCUGGCCAAGUUUUGACCCAGCAUGAACGAGACGCUUUUGAUCGUGCCUUUGAUGAAGCGAAACAAGCAACUCCAGUCACAUGGGAAAAAGAAUUCGCUGCUCAAGAAACUUCUUGGGCCACGGAAUUUGAGGAUCAACAACAACAACAGCCUAUCACUGCCAAUAACGAUAAUGAAGCUUUGGCAAGAACCGCUGCCAUGCUAUUAGAUUCAGUGGAUGUGGAAGCCAACCCCAAGUUCAAAAACUCACAAUUCAUGAGUCUGAUGCGAAAAUUAAGGGAUAGCGAAGUAGCCAUUGAAGGUGAUAAAAUGGUGGAAACUAAAGGAAAAUGGGCCUCCGAAUUCGAACAGGGAAAGGGAGGAGACUGGGCAGACCAGUUUACACAAAAUGCAGGUAGCGCUCGUAGUGGUAACAUGUGGUCCAGCGAAUUUGCUCAGAAGGCAGAACGUGGUUGGACUGAUGAAUUUCAUCAUGAAAAAAAUCAACAUAAACAACCUGGUGACUGGGCAUCCGAGUUCUCAAAGCAAAGCAGCAAUAUGAGUCCACAGGAAAUGCAGCAAUUGUUUGGCAAAGGCACAGAGACUGAUGAUUGGGUGCAGCAAUACAACAAAAAUAUCUCGCACUUGAAGACCGCACAAGAUCAUGAAUGGGAUUCCAUGCAAAAGGAUUGGGAAAAGUUUAAUCCCGCAGAACAAGGAUUAGGUUAUCGGGCAUCAAACCCUGAAUACAAUAUUUAUAAUUUUACCACCAAUAAUCCAUACCUGUUAAAUCCUCAAGCCAUUGAUGGUGCUUCUCAUACCAACUUGGCUGAUUCUAUUCUGGCUUUGGAGGCCAAGGCUCAAUUAGCUACAUCCGAUUCCAAUGCUUGGAAAACACUCGGUCUUCGACAACAAGAAAAUGAACGUGACGGUGCCGCUAUUGCUGCUCUUCGUAAAGCGGUGGGUAUGGACCCUUCCUUGUUAGACGGCUGGUUAGCUUUAGCUGUGAGCUACACCAACGAGAACUGUAGGGCGGAUGCUUAUGAUGCCCUAGAACAAUGGGUAGCCAAUAAUCCCAAGUAUAAACAUUUGGCCACCAAUGUAUCUCAUAUGGCUGUGGAGAACCGCCAUGCCCAUAUCACCAAUAUGUUUUUGGAGGCUGCACGAAGCUCUCCUGGUCUUGAAAUGGAUGCCGAUGUACAAGUGGGUUUAGGUGUUCUCUUCAAUGUAUCUGAAGAAUACGAAAAGGCCAUUGAUUGCUUUAAAGCAGCUUUAGCCAGUAGACCUCGCGAUUAUUUGUUGUGGAAUAAGUUGGGUGCCACCUUAGCAAACUCACGGGAUUCAUCAGGGGCCAUCGAAGCUUAUUUUAAUGCAUUAGAAAUCAGCCCCUCGUACGUCCGUGCGCGUUAUAAUUUAGCCAUAAGCUGUAUCAAUUUAGGUCAACAUCGUGAGGCUGCAGAACAUUUGUUGACUGCUUUAGCACUUCAACAAUCCAAUGACGGAAGUAACGGAGCUGGUGGAUCUGUCAUGAUUGAUGAGCAAGGAAAUACAGUGAAUGUACCUGGUGGUAUGGGAGAUAAUGUCUGGAGUAGUCUGCGUAUGCUCAUGUUAACGAUGAAUCGUCACGAUUUAGCUAGACAAUGUGAUCAACACAAUAUUGACGCCUUUCGUUCCGAAUUCCAAUUUUAAGCAAGCAACUGCAUACCAGUCUCCCAAAGAAAGACAUCAUAUAUGGAAACCCCCUACUUUGUGGUGUAUCUUUCCAAACGAAUAUAUUUAAAAAUAUUAAAAAAAAAAAGUUUAAUCGAUCAAUUUGGCAAAGGCCAUGGUAUUUUUGGAAAAGUAAUCUGCAAU